CGUCUUCCCUUCCCAAACACUGGGAGAUACUGAAGAAAUGGCGUGGACCAUUAGCAUGGAGUUUAGUAGUGGUCAAGAGAAGUCGCUUCUGAUCGCGGGCUAUGGUGAUGACCUAGUAAGGGUCUGGGACUACAAGAGAGGAGUUUGCGUAGCCAAACUGGAAGGACACAAGAAUUAUGUGAUGUCUGCAUUUUUCCAUCCGCACUUGCCCUACAUCUUCAGUGCGUCAUCUGAUGGAGAAAUUAGAGUUUGGAGACAGUCAAACUAUGAGCUGGUGUUAUCGUUUCCGCUUGGAGUCACAAAUCUGACGAGCAUGGCUGCUUGCAAAAACUCUAACAAGCUUGUGCUUGGAGCUGAAGGACAGUUCCAGGUUCUUGAGAUCAACACAACAGAAAAAAAACACGUUCGGACACAAGAACUGAAGAAGGAGAAGAAGAUUGAGUUGGAAAGCGAAGAGGUGACUCGCAUCAAACUUGAGCUAGCCAGGAAAAAAGAGGAAGAGUUGGGGGAGAUGAUACUGAAACAUAUGAACGAACUUGACAAAGUGAGAGCAGAUCACCAAGAGAAAGAGAGAAUGCAAGCAAGUCGGGCGAAGCAAUUAGAGGAUGAGGUAAGAGCGCUCAAGUCGAAGAGCACAGUGAUGGGAGAGAGGCUUGCAAAUGCAGAAAGGAGGAACGAAGAGCUGGAGGCCGAGAGGGCAGAGCUUGCACAAAAGGUCCAACACCUGCACAGUGAGGUGAAAAACCUCGUUGCACAGAAGACAGUACUCGUGGAAAAGCUUGAAACAUCCACGAAAAAGAUUCGGGAGCUGGAGCUAGAGAGAGUAGCGCUCAUCAAAGAUUUCAACGAAAGAAUCAGUGAAAUGAAACUCCGACUGAAAAAUGAAGUUGCUGCGCGUGCAACGCGAGUGUAUUCUCUGGCGGAGCUCAAGGAGGCUACAAACGACUUCAACAUGACUCUGGGAAGCGGUGAUGCAGAUUACAGCGAGUCUGUUUACUCUGGAAAACUCCACGAUGGUACGCCUAUUAUGGUGAAGAAGGUGAGGGUUACAAGCACAUGUCGAGGGACUGAUCAUGAGGACUUCAAGGACAAGGUGGUGGACAGGUUGAGAAUGUUGCAGCAUCCCAAUUUGUUGAGGCUGUUGGGAGUUUGCUAUGAGGAGAAUUGUUUGGUGUACGAGGGGGAUAUGGCAAACGGAAGUCUGAAGCAGUGGAUUUCAGGUGGGGACAAUCACAGGAGAGGAUUUCUCCCAUGGUACGUUCGCCUUCGUGUGAUGGCAGAAGUCGCUCGGGCAGUAUGCUUCCUCCACUCUAACCGGCUGGACAAUGGUCGUCGCAUCAUCCACGGCGCCAUCAAACCGGCAAACGUACUUCUCGAUCACAACUUUGUGGCAAAAAUUUGCGGGGUUGACUGGGCUGUCCUUGUGUCCCAACAACAUUGCGGAGGGGAGGUCGCAGCAGAUUCUUUUCACGCUUUCCUUGGAAACAACUCUCAGUACGUGGCACCAGAAUAUUUGCGUUCUUCGGUUUGCAGUGAGAAGACAGACAUCUAUGCGCUGGGCGUCACACUUUUGGAAAUUCUCACUGGAAAAUUUUGGAAUGCACUGGGAAUCGUUGAAGAUGCCAUGGAGGACGGUGCAGCAAUUGAAAAUGCUCUUGAUCCAAACGCAGGCUGUUGGGAUGUCGGUCUGGCUCGGGAGGUGGCAGGCUUGGGGCUGCACUGCACGAGCCUGGACAAAGGGAAUCGACCGGACAUGGCGACAGCCGGCGUUGGUAUUGUAGCUACAUUGGACAGAAUUGCGGGAAAAGUAGAGCUUGCUGCAGCAGCUGAAGAUGGAUAGAGAAGGCAAUGGGCCACGCAGACAGCGGGGCAGGCUCUCCUUACGCAAAUUUAAGUCAGCAGGCAGGCAUAAUGGCCACCAAGUC